UCAAAGACCAUUGCCUUCCCUCUCACUUUGCGUCUCUCUACAUUUCCCCAAAGAACGAUUCUUCACUCCAUCGGGCAGGCCUUACACCGUAAAGGUCCUUUUUUUUUUUUGUUCUUCAUUUUUCUUGCAAUUUGUCGGCUACCCAUUUCUGCAAAUCAUCUAACUUGCAUUCUCUGAUGAUAAAGUUUUGAUUUUUUCCACUAUUUUUCAUGCAAGUUUACUCUUUUUUUUGUUUAUUUUAAAUAGUUUUUAGAAUUUUUUUCCGGGAUCUUCUUUUGAAGUGUAGCUGUUCAUCUUUUUGUAUGAGAUGAAACGAACUGUGUUUUUUAGUGUUCAUUUGUUCUUCCUGGUGUUUUGCAGAUUAAUGGCAUUUUUCUUUGCUGAGCAAUACAAGGAAAGACGCUUAUGUUUUUUUUCUUUCCGAGAGGUAUAAGAUUUUGUGCGUUUACCAAGUUUAUAAGCGUAUAAUCUGUGGACAACUUUACAGGAAAGGGAUUUUUUUACCUUAGAUUGGUGGGUUGGGAUUGGUACAGAAAGCUGGUCUCUUUAGUACUAGAAAAUUUCAUAGAAGAAAGCCUCCUUCAAGUCUUCUCAACUCACCCUUCAGGGUUGAAAGAAAGAAAUUGGGUUUUAGCCCCCAGUUUUACGCUGAUCAAGUAGCAAUGAUUGAUUACAAGUUGAAUGCAGUCAUCGCUUUAGCAGUUUAGCUAGAACUGAAUUGGUUCUCUUCUUUUGCUGUUUGUUUUAUUCUCUGAAUUUAUUAGCCUGGUUUUUUAAGAUAUCACCUAUGUGGGAAAAGGGCAUCUUUCCCUCAAGGUUUAUUGUCUAUAUAAUGACCAUUUCAAUGUUUCUUUUGAUCGUAUCUUAUGUGUUUCUUCUUCAAUUUGGCAAUACAUCUCUUAUUCCUCAGUCAGUUUUCAAAUUAAUUCUUCUUAAUGGCACGUCGGUUUACUUAAAACCGAAUGUCAAAAAUGAGCAAAUAAAAUUACCGUUCCUCUCAUCUGAGUCUUCACAAGUUGAUGCUCAAAUACGAUUAAAAAAUGGAGAGUCACCUUGUCAGAAAUCCAGUUAUGGGAAGAAAAUGUGUUCUUCCUGGCAGCAAAAUAUCAAGUCCUGCGACACCAAUCAGGCUCUUUUAAGGGUUUUUAUGUAUGACUUGCCUUCUGAAUUUCACUUUGGGUUAUUGGGUUGGAAAGGAAAAUCAAAUCAGAUGUGGCCGGAGGUAAAUGAUCCGAGUAGAAUCCCAUUGUACCCUGGAGGGUUGAACCUACAGCAUAGCAUGGAGUACUGGCUCACCCUUGAUCUUCUAUCUUCAAACACACCAAAUGUGCUCAGACCAUGUGCUGCAAUUAGAGUUAAAAAUUCAAGUCAAGCAGAUGUAAUUUUUGUGCCAUUCUUUUCGUCUCUCAGUUACAAUCGGCAUUCAAAGCUUCGAGGAAAGGAGAAAGUUAGUGUUAAUAAAAAAUUGCAGAAUAAAUUAGUUCAGUUUCUGACCAUGCAGAAUGAGUGGAAGCGAUUUGGGGGGAAGGACCACUUAAUUGUGGCGCACCAUCCAAAUAGCAUGUUGGAUGCAAGAUGGAAAUUAGGUUCCGCAAUGUUUGUGCUUGCAGAUUUCGGUAGAUACCCUACCGAAAUAGCAAAUCUUGAGAAAGAUAUAAUCACUCCUUAUAAGCAUGUCGUGAGGACCACUCCAAGUGCUGAUUCAGCCCCAUUUGACAAACGCCCAAUAUUAGUCUUUUUCCAAGGAGCGAUAUACAGGAAAGAUGGAGGAGCUAUUCGCCAAGAACUUUAUUACCUUCUCAAAGAUGAGAAAGAUGUACACUUUGCAUUUGGCACCAUUCAAGGAAAUGGAGUCAACCAGGCCAGGCAAGGGAUGGCCACAUCCAAAUUCUGCCUCAAUAUUGCUGGUGAUACACCUUCUUCAAAUCGUCUGUUUGAUGCUAUUGUCAGCCAUUGUGUUCCUGUGAUUAUAAGUGAUAAGAUUGAGCUGCCAUUUGAAGAUGUCAUUGACUACUCGGAAUUUUGCGUAUAUGUACGUGCAUCCGAUGCUGUGAAGAAGGGAUAUCUACUGAACCUUCUUAGAGGAAUUAAGAGAGACCAGUGGACCAAGAUGUGGGAAAAAUUGAAGGAAAUUGUUCCGCACUUUCAGUAUCAGUACCCAUCCCAGCCUUGUGAUGCUGUGGAUAUGAUUUGGCAAGCAGUUGCUCGUAAGGUCCCUUCUAUACAAUUUAGAAUUCACAGGGAGAACAGGUAUCGCAGAGCAGCGCAAAUAAAAUGACAAACAAGAAGUCGAAAGAUCAAAGAUGGUUACAAACCUUGCAUUACAUGGAGAUCAUCAGAUUUACAUCUGGUUGUACAUUUUUUAAAAAUUUAAUGAGAAGCAAACAUGGUUUUGUUGAAAAUCUGUAAAGGCCUUCUUUUCACUCUUUUAUUCAUUCUUAGCAGUGAGUAAUUUUACAGGUCCAUAUUGUUUCUGAUUACACUUCCAUUCAUUCAAUUGUUCACAGAAACAAUCCAAAAAAACGUCAUCAGCUUAUUAUUUCUUUCUCUGAAAUUGAUGCGCAGGCUGAAUUGAAUGCCCAAUAACACAGCACAACUGAGUAAAUAAAAGAUUUUGCAGAGACUACGUUUGCCAUGGAGCCCAUAAUUUGCAAAGACUAUUUUUAAGUAGACUUAGCAAUUCAUGUAUUUGUGUUUGUCUAU